GUGUCCUGCCGCUCGCUCCCGGUACCGCAGAGGAGCUGACACCAGGUGUCGCUGGAGCCGCGCAGGCGGCCUGUCCCCUCCGGGUGGCGCCGAAAUCAAACUGGCUCCCGGAGGCCGCCAUGUCCAAGAAAAAAGGACUGAGCUUUGAGGAGAAGAGAGCUCGAAUGAUGGAGAUCUUUUUUGAGACAAAAGAUGUGUUCCAGUUGAAGGAUAUAGAGAAGAUUGCUUCAAAAGACAAAGGGAUUACUUCCAUGUCAGUUAAAGAGGUUCUGCAAAGCUUAGUUGAUGACGGCAUGGUGGACACUGACAGAAUCGGAACUUCCAAUUACUUCUGGGCUUUCCCAAGUAAAGCUCUUCAUGCCAGGAAGCGUAAAUUAGAAGAAUUACAGACUCAGUUUGCAGAAAGCAAUCAGAAAAAAGAGAUGUUACAAAAAGGCAUUGAAAAAUCGAAAAUUGGACGUGAAGAUACUGCAGAACGUGCAGCUCUGAUGAAGGAACUUGCCGCCCUCCGGCAGAAAAAAGAGCAGUUAAAGGCAGAAAUAGAAAAAUACAGGGAAUGUGAUCCAGAUGUUGUUGAAGAAAUGCGCCAAACAGGCAAAGUAGCCAAGGAGGCAGCCAACAGAUGGACUGAUAACAUCUUUGCAAUAAAGUCCUGGGCCAAGCGUAAAUUUGGAUUUGAAGAGAGCAGAAUUGACAAGAGUUUUGGAAUCCCAGAAGAUUUUGAUUAUAUUGAGUAGCUGUUCAGCAGUUGAUGACUGACACAGUUGUACAAUGUUUGUUACUUAAUUGCCAGCUGAGCAGUAUUUGUGUGUUUGAAUGAGUGUGUUUUCACCAAAUGACCACCCUUUAAUUUACAGUUUUUGUUGAAGUUAAUAAACAGUUAAUAAACACAGUCCUGAAACUGGA